UCCCAUCCUCCAAGAAAAAAGAAAAAACAGAAAAGUGUUAUCCCGAAACCAUGUUUUAACUUCUGCAACUCUGAAUUGUCCAAUGAUGAUCAAUACGUAGCAGUGGAGCCCUGAAAAGCUGAAAAAUAUGUCCCCCAAAGUGCCUGUUGGCCAGGGGAGAGGAGACUAUUCUGCGGUCCAAGUAGCUGUUCGGGUGCGUCCUCUGCUGCCCAAAGAGCUUCUACACUGCGAUGAGAGCUGCAUCACUGUGGACCCUGAGCUUCAGCGGGUUACUCUGGGUCAUGAUCGACACUUUGUUUGUGACUUCUUAUUUGAGGAAACUUGCUGUCAGGAGAAGGUUUAUUCUGUGUGUGUGCAGCCGCUCAUAGAUGCCUUCUUCCAAGGGUUCAAUGCAACGGUCUUUGCCUAUGGACAGACGGGCUCAGGCAAGACCUACACCAUUGGAGAAGCUAAUAUUAGUUCCUUCAGAGAUGAGGAGCAGGGCAUCAUCCCCAGAGCUGUAGCAGAUGUCUUCAGGCUGCUAGAUGAAAAUGACCUCACAGACUUCUCUGUUCGAGUCUCUUAUUUGGAGGUCUAUAAAGAGGACUUCAAGGACCUACUGGAAGUGGAGACAGCCAGCAAGGACAUCCACAUCCGGGAGGAUAAAGGGAACAUUGUCUUGUGUGGCGUAAAGGAGUGUGAAGUGGAGAGUCUGGAUGAGGUGUUGAGCUUGCUGGAGUCGGGAAACACAGCCAGACACACCGGCUCAACCCAAAUGAAUCCAAACUCCAGCCGGUCUCACACCAUUUUUACCUUGUACAUGGACCAGCGUCGUGGGAGCUCCCGCCUUUAUGGGACUUCUGCAAGCUUGGGACCUCAGGUGUUGUCUUCCAAGUUCCAUUUCGUUGACCUGGCAGGAUCUGAGCGCAUUUUAAGAACAGGCAACACUGGAGAGAGACUGAAGGAGAGUAUCCAAAUCAACAGUGGCCUUCUGGCUCUGGGAAAUGUUAUAGGAGCACUGGGGGAUCCAAAGAGGAAGGGCUCUCAUAUACCAUACAGAGAUUCUAAAAUCACAAGGAUACUAAAGGACUCUUUGGGAGGUAAUUCAAAAACACUGAUGAUUGCCUGCAUUAGCCCAUCUUCUUCGGACUUUGAUGAGAGUCUUAACACGCUAAAUUACGCAACGAGGGCCAGGAACAUUCAAAACCGAGCUACGGUCAACUGCAAGCGUGAGCCGGAUCGCGUGGAAGGGUUGGAGCAGCAAAUCAAGGCCCUUCGCAGAGCCCUUGAAAACCGGCAGCGUUCAGAGACCCGCAUCAUCGCUCACGGGGACCCGAGCAGGAGACCUCGACUCGGAGAGGGGGAGAUCAGCCGGCUGCAGGCACAGAGUGCUCACUACAGGACUUGCACGGACACUGCUUACAGGUUGCUGCGGGAGCUGCAGAGCGAAGGCGCUCUGACUGCCGAGCAGAGCCUGAGAGUGAAGGAGUGGCUGUGUUCGGUGGAGGAGGAGCGGAGCGCGCUCACCACUGCCUCUGGACCAGACAGCGGGAUAGAGAACAGCUCCACCGAGGACUGCAUUACUUUGAGGAAGGGCAGGCCUUCUAUAAGGAACCAGGACUCAGAAGCUGUGGAGGAGAGGUGGAGCCAUGAGCUUGACAGUGAAAAAGAAGAUAGAAUUGCACAUCUUCAGCCACAGAUCCAGCGGCUGGAGCAGGAGAACACAGACUUUUUAGCUGCUCUGGAGGAUGCUAUGGAGCAGUACAAGCAGCAGAGUGAUAAGCUGCAGGAGCAGCAGGACCUGAUAACGGAGCUGCAGUGUCAGCUGUCUACUCUGGGACUGGGAGGCUUUAGUCUGAACCUCAGUGUAAGGCCCCAUACUGCUCCCAUGGGCUCUAUGCAGCAUUGCCAGAACGGAGGCCCACACAGACAGGUCAGUCCAGUGGGUCAAAUGGGUCAUGGACUUGAUCAUGAUGAAAAACCUUAUGAGGAGCAGGAGUUCCCAGGAGGAGCAGAGAUGCAUCACAGGGAAAAAGAGGGAAAUCAAUGGGGCUUCAUCCAGGAGAGAUGCAAGCAGGUGAACCAGACCUGGAGCAGGCGGGACAUGCUGUCUGUAGGACUGCUCACCGGAGGGAGAGUACUAGCACCGCAGCUGUCUGAGCCGGUUCAGCACCAAUUACUAGCCAGGAAAGCUUCCAACCACAGUACAGGGGAAAGUCUGAAAAGUUUCGAAGGCAUUUCAGAGUUUGGACUUCUUCAGGCACAGCAGAAGAUCAGGGAGCUAGCCGUCACCAUCCGCAUGAAAGAGGAACUCAUCAAGGAGCUCGUCAAAACAGGUAAGGAUGCUCAGGCCCUGAAUAAACAAUACAGCCAUAAGAUCACAGCUCUGGAGAGUGAAGCUGUGCAAGCACGACUGGAGCUGCAAGACGCCCAACGGCAGCUGCAAGAUCUGGAGAAGCAAGAGAGAGAGAUAAGUGUAACGGACAAGACCCGAGCACAGGAAUGCCGCAGGAAGAUCGCUGCCGCUCAGAGCAAAGUUCAGGUACUAAGUCAGCGUCAGAGGGAUACAGCUCGUCUGGCCAACCUUCCCGUUCAGAGUGAACGGCGAGUAUCAGAGUUGGAGAGAAGCGUCCAGUCCAUGAGACUGCAGCAAGAGCAGCUGCAGAAACGCCUGCGUGAAGAGAGUCAACAGAAACGACGUCUCGAGACCGAAAUGCAGCGAAGGACUCACAGAGUCAAGGAGCUUGAGAUAAAGAAUGAGCAGCAGCAGAAGAUCUUGAGGAUAAAGACCGAGGAGAUCGCAGCCUUCCAGAGGCAGAGGCGCAGCGGCAGUAACGGCUCCGUCAUCUCAUUAGAAGAGCAACAGAAGAUUGAGGAACAAAAGCGCUGGCUGGAUGAGGAAAUGGAGCGUGUGCUGGAGCAGAGGAGAGGGCUGGAAGAUCUGGAGGGAGAGCUGACAAAACGGGAGCAGAUCCUGUUCAAGAAGGAAGCCUUGCUUCAGGAACGCAGUGGACUGGAGACCAAGCGGCUCCUCUCCAGUCAGGCCUUAAGUAAAGAUCUGUUGACGCUCACUGGCCGCAUCGAGUCGCUUGAGCGAGAGCUGAGUGAGAGAAAUGGUCUCCUUCGCAGCAGCAGCGCUCAAGACUCCCAGCAGAUUCGCCAAGAGAUCUCCAACCUGCGUCAAGAGAAAGAUUCACUGCUCAAGCAGCGAGUUGAGCUGGAUGAUAAACUGCGACAGGGUAACCUGCUCUCACCUGAGGAGGAGCGAACCCUUUUCCAGUUGGAUGAGGCGAUUGAGGCCCUGGAUGCAGCUAUUGAGUACAAGAAUGAAGCAAUCACUCAGAGGCAGAGACAGCUGAGGGCUUCUGCCAGUAUGCUCUCCCAGUGGGAAAUGAACCUCAUGGCCAAGCUCAGCUAUCUGUCUGCCUCAGAGACCAGAGCUCUGCUGUGCAAGUACUUUGACAAGGUGGUAUCUUUGCGUGAGGAAGAGCGUAAGCUGCAGCUCGCCCUGGCCGAGCUGGAAAUGCAGCUGGAUGAGCAGCAGAGGCUGGUGCAGUGGUUGGAAAGCGCUCUCGAUCGUACACAGCUGGACACAGAUCGCCGUCUUACACAGCAGCAGAAGGAGCACGAGAGGAGCGUGCAGCUCUUGCUGCAACAGUGUCGAGAACAAAUGGACGAGGGCCUCGCAGGAAGACAGCGGCAGUAUGAAGGAUGGAUCCAUAACCUCACCAAAGAGCUGAACCAGUACAAGGCAGCUAAUCUGGAGUUGAGCAGUAAACUGAGAGAGCUCUGUGGUUCAGUCAGUCAGCCAAAAGUCUUCCCAUCUGAUUGUAAACCUUCGAGCGGUGGCUGCGUGGAGAAGCCGAGCCGCUGCCCUGACGACGGCCCAGGAGGCAGAGGGGCAGGACAGCUGGACAAACCGCCCAGGUCCAGGGAGGAAAUGAGGGAGCUGGUGAACACCCCUCUGCCCUCCACAUGGCGGCGCUCCUCUCUCCCCACAGAGGAGCCCGCCGUCAUGCAGGAACUUUUGCUUCAAGUGUCUGGGGACAUUCCCGUGAGCCGUGUGGUUCCUGGUCUGGGGUCCUGGAACGGACAGACCUCCCUUCCUGUGGUCAAAUCCCGCCGAGAGUCUCGACGCUCCAGCCUCAACGUCGGACCGUUGACUUUGAACAACGCAUUAAUUGAUGUACGGAAAAAUCCUGUCUGAGUGUAAAUGCAUUCAUCCAUUCUGUGACGCUUGAAUUAUUUUGUCAUUUUUAUCCCACAUUAGUUCUAAUUUUUUUCUACUUGUUUAUUUUUAUUUUUUGGAAAAUCCACUAAAUCUUCUACAAAGCACUUUUCACAAAGGUAAAGUUUGUUUUCAUACAAGAGAUAAAUAGAUGGUCUUACCAUAGGAAUCAUGAACUCUGUUACAAAAUAAAGUUCUCUCACUGUUAUGUAAACUUUUGUCUAUGAAAUGUUUUCAUGAAUUUAGAUUUUGUGUUAAAAUGUUACAUCCUUCUUCA